GUGCGCGCGCCUGUCAGUAAAGUUGUGUCGUUGUGAAGGCGCAGGCAAGAUGGAGGUGGUUUGGUGCAGUGGCUGAGAAGUGGGCAGGGGCUGCAGCAGGGGUUUUUCUGUUUUUUCCUUUAACCGCGUUCUCUUUAGAUGCUGCCAGGAGUAGAAUGGAGGCGGGACAGCUUACGGAGGGGCCCUUGGAGGGUAAAGAGAUCCGCAUCAUCGGGACGGAGCUGGUGGAGAACUACACGGUAUAUAUCAUAGAAGUGAAAGUUGGGAACCACCAAUGGACAGUUAAACACCGCUACAGUGAUUUUCAUGAACUGCAUGAAAAGCUGACUGCAGGAAAAAAGAUAGAUAAGAAUUUGCUUCCACCAAAGAAGAUUAUUGGCAAAAAUUCCAAGACAUUUGUAGAAAAAAGGCAGAAAGAAUUAGAAGUUUAUUUGCAAACCCUUCUAACAAAGUUCCCUUUGGCUGCCCCAAAAGUCAUGUCACACUUUCUGCAUUUUGAUCUAUAUGAGAUAAAUGGUAUUACUGCUGCCCUUGCUGAGCAACUGUUUCACAAAGGUGAACAGUUGCUUUUGGCAGGUGAAGUAUUCUGUCUGAGACCAUUACAAUUGUAUGCAAUCACUCAACAACUGAGACUGGCCAGUCCCACCUGUGCUAGUGGAGAUGCCAAGACUGAUCUUGGACACGUCCUGGACUUUGCUUGUAGACUUAAAUAUUUGAAGAUAACAGGCACUAGAGGUUCUGUGGGUAAUAGCAAUAUUCAGGAACAUCUUCUUAAAUUUGAUUUGUCGAUUUUCAAGUCUGUUCUUCAGAUUGAGAUAAGUAAUUGUGAUGCUGAACAAAUUAUUGGACUUCCUUCUCUGAAGCACUCAUUAGCUACCAUGACUGUGUCUUUUUCAACUGCUUCAAUGAAGGAUAUUCUUGUGCCAGAAGCUUCUGAAUUUGAACAGUGGGAAGUAGAGGGGAUGGCAUCUGAACGUCCAGUUGCUGCUAUUAUCCCACGAUGGAAUAUGCUGACCACACUUGAUAUGAGUCAUAACCAAAUAUCAAAUAUUGAUGAAUCUGUGAGACUCAUACCGAGAGUGGAAUUUCUGGAUCUAAGUUACAAUGAAAUAACAGUUAUGGAGAAUUUACAGCAUCUUUAUAAUCUCAUUCAUUUGGAUUUAUCAUUCAACAAGCUCACCUUAUUGCAAGGUGUUCAUACAAAACUUGGGAACAUCAAAACUUUGAACUUGACAGGAAAUCAAUUGGAAAGUCUGUCUGGUCUGAACAAACUUUACUCAUUAGUUAACUUGGAUCUUGGCGACAAUAAAAUAUCACAGAUAGAAGAAAUUAAGAACAUUGGGAGUUUGCCCUGCCUUGAGAAGGUCUUUCUAAGUAACAACCCUUUGAGCAUCAUUCCUGAUUACAGAACAAAGGUUCUCGCACAAUUUGGCGAUCGUGCUUCAGAGGUCUGCCUGGAUAAUACUGUUACAACAGGAAAAGAACUUGAUACAGUUGAGGUGCUGAAGGCAAUUCAGAAAGCCAGAGAAGCAAAAGAUCGAAUGAAUAGUACAGAUAAAAAAAUCAGUGAGGAAACAAGACUUGCUGCUAAAGGGUCCAAACCCAACUACUCUUCCUGUGUUGCUUGUUCUCCUUCUCCUCUGCUACACCAUGCUGCCAGCUCCAGCCAAGAAAUAAAUACUAAAUCAGCCCUAAUCAUCAAUCUACAUCAAAGUGAGAGUUUGACUCCUAUGGCUUCCACAAUUACCCCAGGAGCCUCUGACACAGCCAUUUUAAAUGGAAGCAAGAGCAAGGUUGCAAAUCCGGAGCUAAAACCCAUGAAUAAAUCACUUGAAGACUCUGACUGUCCACAAACAAGAUUUGGAUCAGCAGAUGCACCUACUCAAGCUGAUGUGCUGAAAUCACUACGUGAUCCCGAAGUAACUCUUGUGCUGCCAUUUUCAUGUAUGUCAUACAAUAUCACCAAUCUUGACUUUGCUGCCCAUUUGUCUGGAAUAAUUAAUCAAGCUCUAUUGAAAGCGCAUACCACUGAGACUUUAUUUGGCUGUCAAGGAAACCCUGUUAAUUAUCCUGAGGUCUUCGGUAACGAAGCUGGAUAUUUUGAAAUGGGUCCAGAUCAAGGUGAUUGUAUUUUGGGAUGUAGUUCAAACAUUGAUCUAUCCAGUAUUUCUGCAAACCAAGAAGCUGAGAUAUUAAAGGUACUGUGGGCUCUUUGUAUACAGGCAAACAAGAGAUUAAGAUUGUUUAUAUCUUGCAUUGUACUGAUUGACAGUGCUGUAGCUAUAUUUCAGAUUCCUCACUGCGAACCCCUGGGAAAUGUGCAAAAUGUUAUUUCUCAAAUGCAGCUUGUUCUUUGUCUUCCCUAUUCAGAAAUUUUGGAAGUGUUCUUUGAAGUGCCAGAAAUGUGCCUUUCAAUGAAAAUUAAAACACAUGGCUGUUUCUUCUUUAUAUCUGAUUCUCAGAGUCUUAAAGACUUCAAUUUCUGUUUGAAGGCUGUGUUGAAUAAAUCUACUUCAAGUUUGACUAGACUUGAUUAUGAAGAGCCUCUUAUGGAAGACUUCAUUGUUCAGCUUUUACAGCAUCAGCAGCUUGCACUAAGUGACACUGGCAUUAAAGGUAGUUUUGCAGCAUAUAUUUUGAUCAGCGACAACCCCAAACCAUGGGGUUGGGCAGAGGAGACGAAUCCUUGUGUUUCACAUACUGAAGUGGUCAGUGGUUUAGAAUUAAAGAACAAAAAUACUCUGCACUCUGAAGUUUUUUCGGAAGUUCUUCCAGGGAGAGAAGAAAAUUCCAAACCUGUAUGUGUACCUUGUCUUAUGAUUUUGACAGCCCAACAUCUUUAUUUCAUAAAGAUAGAUUUCUACAAAGCAGCAAAAAAGUGUCUUCAUCCGGAAGAGAAUGCAGAAUGUCCAUUUAAGUUGAACAGAAUUUCAUUAGCUACGUUGCUUUUAAAUCCAAAGCAUGGAUCCCAUACUGUUGAAACAGUGGCAUUUUGGGAUGGUCAUGUCCUUGAAUUCUUGAUUGGAUAUCAACUUGCAACGGCAGUUUUUUUGCUUCCCCAUGAGAAGUUCCAUUUUCUACGAAUGUUUAAUCAACUGAGAGCAAGCUUUCAGGGUGUCAAAUCUGUUGUAGUGUACAGAACUUGUCCGGAUCACUGCUACGUGACGAGGCAUUCCACGGAUACAACUGAUCACUCUCCUGAACCUAAAAGUAACCAGCCAAAGUUGAAAUCGGACUUGGGUCUUUCUCUACAGUAUCCUUCUGAGACGUUGCUGCAAAAAUUAACUGAAGAGAAUCGGCGUCCCUUUCAUCUUUCUGCCUCCCCAUCUCUCCAUUACCUAGCAGGUUUGAAAGGAAGAGCUAUUGUGGAUUGUUUUCACAACAGUAUGGCUGAGGUUGAGAAUGAAGAGCUACGGUAUCUAAUUUGGUCUUCAGUUAUAUUUUACAAAAGCUCGGAGCUUGAAGUUACUGCCUGCAUAAUGCUCUCUACCAAAGCAUUGUAUUUCGUGUUGGAUGAUAGCAUCAUUAAGCUUGCUGAUCAAACUGGAUAUUGGAAUGAAAAGCCAUCUUCAAAUUCUGAGCAGAGUGGUUUGCUCUUAUCGUUCUGCUUUGUCCUGAAGUUAAAUGAUCUGCACUCCAUACACUUGGGCCUUUUUGAUCAAUACUUCCGCAUCACUGGUCCAUCUGCUGAACACACAAUUGCUUGCCUGACCAGGGACAGUUAUACAACACAUACAUUUGUACAGCAAUUAAUGGCUGUAUUAUCUUUGUUGGAACGAACACCUUCGCCGGAGCCAGUAGAGCUCGACUUUUAUACAGAAUUUGGAAAGAAAAGUACAGGUCAAAUGGAAAAUUAUGAAAUUGUCCACUCCAGUCGAGUGAAAUUCAUUUAUCCCAGUGAAGAGGAGGUUGGUGAUCUGACAUUUAUGAUAGCAGAAAAUGUUCAAGAUCUAAAUAAUCUCCGAACAUCUAACAUCCUCUUGUAUGUUUUGGCAUUUCAAGUAGAGUCUUUGGAGAAUUCUUUAUAUUCUUGCAAGUGUUCUUUGCAGCCUAAAACGUUAAUUUUGACAAGCUAUGAUAUGCUUCUGUUCGAAGAAGAUUAUGUUAGUUAUCCAUUACCCGAAUUUGCAAAAGAACCACCAAAGCGGGACAAAUACCAAUUAACUGAUGUUAGAAGAAUUCGCGACCUGGAUCGAGUGCUCAUGGGUUACCAGACCUAUCCACAGGCCAUCACUUUUGUGUUCGAUGAUGUACAGAAUCGGGAUCUCUUAAGUAAUAUGAUGCUUGACCAUUUUGAACAUCCACUUAAUACCUGUUCUGCAGAUAGAAGAAGUUACUGCAGCAUCAGCAAUGAAGUCCAGUGGUGUCUCUUUGUAGCCAGUCCUGAAAGUCGUGAAAAGCUGAUUGCAUUGCUUGCUAGGCAGUGGGAAAUUCUUUGUAGCAGAGAACUACCCGUUGAACUUACAGGCUAAAAGUUGUUGCCAAGAGUGUCCAACAAACCAUAAACAUUAUACUGAUCAUGAAUAAUUAAAUGUACAGCACUCUUGGGGAAUUUGUAAAUACCAUGGGAGUCAGACAAGUUGUUCCUUUGAUGUCUAGGGCUUUUAGAGUUUAUUUUUUAACAUGUAAAAUAAUAUGUGUAACAUAAACUGAUGCAUCCUGCUACAUUGUGCAAUGUAAACUCUACAUAAAAGGUCACUAUUGCAUGUUACGCUUGAAUGUUUUGAAAUAUAAAAUAUAAUGUUUGUAUCUAAUGGACAGCUCUCUAAUCUGCUGCUAUGAUUUGAAAUAAAGUUGUUGGUCUUAAAUAGUUUUUAAACAAAGAGUAACCUUAAGCUUACUGUAUUUUAAUAUUAUUACAUAGUAUUGCAGAAUAUUAAAAAAAACUGUUUAACAUGUUUAGCUUGAUCUGUUCCACUUAGUAUUCAGUAUAAUAUGGUAAGUUGGAUCAAUGCCAGCUAGUUUGCUUUUGUUGCAUGUAAUAAACCAAUAGUAGUGCUGCUGAGAUGUAGAAGGGGACUGCUGACGUGUCUGUAGCUAUGGACACGAAAACUAUUUUGCCAUUAUUGUUUUAGAAAGCCAAAGUACUGCUCUGCAAUGCGAGUAUCCUGCAGAUGCUCUGCUAUGUUUUGUAGGGCUUGAUUCAAUGCAUUGGAACUGGAACUUGAUUUGUAAAGUUAAAAAUAGUUUCUGGUGGUAAUUUGCCAAACAAGGUGCCUGAAAUAUCAUUGAUUGAUGUCAUCCUAAAUGGAUAUAAAUAAUAGAACAAGAUAGCAGUUGACUAGGUUGUGCUUGUAUCUCCUGUCAUGUAGAUUAUUCCAGAUUAGUAUAUUUCAGGUCAAGAACAUGAAUUUUUCUCUCCCUUCUCCAAUACAUGUUUACUGCAGCAGCGAAAAUCGUGCAUAUGAAAACUAGCCCAAUAAAGUUGUUUUGAAAGACUAGUUUCAAAUAAUGGAAGUGAAGUUGAAUAUGCUUUAUUGUGGUCACUGAGUAAUGUAAAUGGAUGAAACUUGUCUAGCAUUAGACUUUUCAACUCACUUUAAAAUAUUGGAUAACUAUUCUGUUUCA